AUGGAUGUGAGUAGGAGAAGAGUUGGGGUUAGAUGCAGUGUGGUUGCAGGGUCAGUGUGGGAGAGCAGGAUGAAGAGUGAUGAAAUUGAAGGUGGAGUUAAGGUCUUCAGUGGAGAAGAAAAUGCUGAAGAAAGAGGGGUUGGUGGCAACAGAUUGAAAAGAAACCAAAUUGGGGGUGUGGUUGCCACUGGAAAGAGAAAGACUUGGAAAUCAGAAUUGGAUAAGAGCCAAAUUCAAAUAGCCAGAGGAAAAUCAGAACCACACAAGAACAGUGGGGAACAGUGUAAGGACCUGAGCGUUUCUUCUGAUGCAAUCAAGAAGAGCCCUAUUAAGGUGAGGAAGCUUAAGACUGAAGGAAGCAAGGAGAUUGGUGCUUCUGCAGAUAAAUUUGAACGAAGCUCAAUUCACAAGGUGGGUGAGUGUCCUGAAAGGCUCGGAAAGAGAAAAUCAGAUCCAAUUAAGACUGAAAAACAAUCUGUUAAGAAUGUUGCUGGUUUUUGUGAUGGAAAUGGGGAAAAUACAAUCCAGCUGAGGGAGGAAAAAUCAGAGUUUGAUCAAGUUUUGGAUGAAUCAAGGAUUGAGAAGGAUGAUAUUGAUGAAAAUUCCAAGGAUUUUGGUGCGUGCCAAGACAAUGUCAUUUCAAGCAGUUCAGACAAUGCGGGUGUGGUCAAGUGUUCACCAGUGCAUGUUGAUGGAGAUUCUGAUGAUUUUAUUGAUGAUGAAGCAGAUGAAGGGGAAGAAAAAGAAGAAGAAGAGGAACUGAUGGAAGAGGAUGAUGAGAUUGAUAUUGAGAUGGAGAAGAGGAGCUUUGAUGUUAAGGAAAUCAGUAUACCAGAAUCCAAGGUUGUGAAUGAGCCAGAAAGGAAGGUGGUUGUGAAUGAAACAGGAAAACACAAGAUUGUGAAUCAACAAGAAUCUAAAAAGGCUGCGAAUACCAACACACGAUAUCAUCAAAAAAAUGAAAGGCCAGUGUCUGUCCCUCUAACUGUGAAGCAAUCUCCUCCAAUUAAAAGGCAUUCGACAAUUUACCAAAAUUUCUCCAAAGCUGAUUCAAUUCCAAAGGCAGAAGAAUACCAUAGCUUUCCACAAACCCAAAACAAAUUGCAGACUUUAGUGGAUUUAAUCAUGUGGAGAGAUAUCUCAAGAUCAGCAUUUAUCUUUGGUAUUGGAACAUUUAUUAUAGUUUCAUCUACUUAUGCAGAGGAUAUCAAUCUGAGUCUUAUUUCUGUAAUGUCCUAUAUGGGCCUUGUCUAUUUAGCUGUCAUCUUCCUCCAUAGAUCACUAGUAUGCAGGGGGGUCAUUGAUGUAAAGGACACAAAUUAUGUACUGGGAGAAGAAGAAGCGAUUUGGGUACUAAAAUUGAUCCUUCCUUACUUGAAUGAGUUCUUGUCAAAACUCAGAGCCAUGUUUUCUGGAGAUCCUGGUACCACAAUAAAGUUGGCAGUUUUGCUCUUUGUUUUAGCCAGAUGUGGCAGCUCCAUAACCAUUUGGAAGAUGGUCAAAUUCGGCUUCUUCGGAGUUUUUACAGUGCCAAAAAUAUGCUCCUCGUAUUCUGCACAGUUAACUGCAUAUGCAAAUUUUUGGAUUCGUCGAUUCCGGGAUGCUUGGGAUUCAUGUUCCCACAAAAAAGCCGUGGCUCUUGGCAUCUUUGGCCUUGUAUGGAAUUUUUCAUCAGUUGUUGCUCGCAUUUGGUCAGUGUUCGUACUAUUUGUGGCCUUCAGGUAUUAUCAACAACAUUAUAUGGUGAGAGAUGAAUGGGUGGAAGAUGAAGCAGGAUGUGAUGAAACAUGGCAAGAAACUUUUGAAGUUGAAGUUGGAGUUGGAAUGCAGAGACAAGGGCGGGCACACAAUUUCUGUGAUUUAGAGAAAGUAAAGAAAGGAUUCUGAAGUGUUUGUUGUAACACAUUUACUGGGCUAUGGGCAUGAUAUAUGCCAUUUUUUUAGCUUCACAUAGUAUUUUCUCUUUU